GCUGCGGUCGCUGGGGUUUUGAAAAAAAAGUCCAUUAAUGGAUUAAAAACAACAACGCUUCUCUCUCUCUCUCUCUCUCUCUCUCUCUCUCGUAUUCGUCUUCUCGUUGAAGCUCGGAAGCUCUGGCCAUUCUUCCUUACUGAAAUCUGGUUUUGUAUUGGAGUUACUGAGUGGAAUCGUUCGCUGUCGGCAGAAGUACAAGAGAUUGGAGAUGCUCGACGGUCUCUUAGGCCGCGGUUUUGUCCCCAAGGGGAAAUCGCUGAUAAAGCUGACGAAGAAUCGGAUCGACGUUCUUCGGAGGAAGAGAACCGCGACGAUCAAGUUUCUGAAGAAGGAUUUAGCUGAUCUGCUCGCAAAUGGUCUUGACGUCAACGCAUAUGGCAGGGCUGGAGGACUUCUUGAUGAAUUAAAGCAUCUAUGGAAUCUUGAUUUUGUUGAGAUGUCUUCUGACUUCGUCUAUAAACAUCUUUCAGUUAUGCAGAAGAUCGGGGAAUGUCCUGAAGAUUGCCGGGAAGCUGUAUCAUCCUUGAUGUUUGCAGCUUCUGCAUUUUCUGAGUUGCCUGAGCUGCGUGAUCUGAGGCAGAUGUUUCAUGAAAAGUAUGGGGAGUCACUGGAAUUGUUUGUCAACCAAGAGCUUGUUGAGAGUUUGUCUACGAAACCAUUUUCUCUGGAGAAGAAAGUGAAGUUAAUGGCUGAUGUUGCAUCAGAAUUUUCCAUUCCAUGGGAUUCUAAGGCUUUUGAGCGGAUGAUAUCAAGGCAUAAUAAUGCCACUGUAAAGGAACUUAACAAAAUUCAGGUGCCUCCAAACAUUUCUAAUGACAAGUACAAAUUUAUAGAUGAAAACAAGGCUCCGCCGAUAAGAGAAAUGCAUGAUUUCUCAUCCAAGCAAAGGUCUGAAGGGGUAAAGGACGAGCAUAGCUUGAAUAGAAAGAAGGCUGACGCAUCAGAAAGAACAGAUCCUUUCUCUCAACCUGCAAAAGAAUUUUAUCAGAACGACCGUAGGGGAGAUCAUAAUGGGCUUUCAUCAAGAGAAAGGACAGAAAAAGUUCAUCAUUCAGCUAGACCAGAUAACAAAGACAAUGAGGCGGAAAGGAACGGAUUUGGUUAUCAGUCUAGGCUAAAACCUUCCAGAGAAAGACAUGAACCACUUUUUAACGAGGGAGACACUAUAGUUAUGAAGGUCAAACGUGAGAAUUUGCUUCAAAGGAAUGGACAUCAAACUGGUAAGGAGCAUCAUGAUGUUAAGAAAACCGAGGAUAUUGCCUCAAGAACGCCUAAGCCUAGCAGCCCCUCGGGAAAAGAUGAAAAGCUUUCUUUCGCUUUCAAGCAAGAGAACUUUUUCCAAGGACACAAACAGGAGAUUUGUGCAGAGAAUGUGUCUGAGAAAUCCGAAGAUUGUGCCUCAAGAACACUGAAGCAAAGCAGCUCCUCUAAAAGGGUAGAAAGUAUUCAUAAUGGUAAUGGUUUGGAGAACAGGGAAAAUGCAGUACCCUCAGGAGAGCCAGAGAUUACUUCUGUAACAAAUCACUCAAAGAGUGGAGACAAAGAUCGGUUCAGUGGUAACAAUCUGGGCGCUGGAUCUGAAUAUGCAAAGCUGACGAGAAGCAUUAGAGAAGAAGAAGCGGCGAGGCUAAAACCGUUCUUCAACAAUGGUCUUCCGCCUCCAUACGUUAAACCUAAUGGAAAAGCAAGGAACAUAACAGAGAUGGCUGAAGUUGAAACUCGUCCCGACGUUGAUAAGACCGUUUCUGCGCCCAAGAGAGCCAAUGAUCACGAUAAUGUGAAAGAUAAUGCUCUGCCCAAACCAAGAUCUAGCAGAAGAAGACACCAUAAAACUCCAAGCCAUGACGAAAUUGCUGACACAGAAGAUCCGAGAAUCAUGAAAAGAAGAAUGAGGAGCCGAAGAAAGGAACGCUCGGGCAAAGGCUUCCGAACCUCGUUUGAUGACGAUGACAACGAGAAGGACGACGAGGAGAUGAUGAUAGACAAACUCCUGAUGCAUUACAGCCGGAAGCCUUCGAGUUACGACGAGAUGAGGAUGCAGCAAGAGGAAUCAAAUAGCAGCAGAGUUUCGCAUCCCGAGCAAGGCGGAUCCGAUGCAAUGUCAGAGAUUCCUCCGCCUACGAGGUCGUUCUCCCUACCCAACAAACAAUCCGAGCCAUCCGAAUCGGGAAAGGUAUUUUCUCGAGCUGCCUCGUUUCAGUCCGACCGCUCGAGUUCAGCCAAACAUGUUCAUCCAAAGUUACCUGACUACGACGAUCUGGCUGCUCGAUUUGCGGCUCUCAAAGGAAGGUAAAUACUUCAAACAUCAUCAAAUUACGAUUUUUAAUACAAGCUUAUGAUUUAUUUUUUUUCCUGUGUGUGAUGUUCUGUUUCCAACAUUUGUUUGCAUUGUUGUAUGUGAUUAGUAGAAGUUUAUUAUUACACGUCUGUGUUUCGAAAGAUUGUUCGGCAUCAUGUUCUGUUCAGAAAAUUUACCAUAUAUAUACGUUGUUCCGAAGUUUAUGUUGUGAAUAUGGUCAAUACUUUUUGCUUUGAA